AUGGAUUCCAUCAUCAACGGGACCGACGCUAUAAACGCCAUGCAUCCUUGUUAUGAAUCCUACAAUGCAUCCUUAAUAUUCACAAACCAUCCUUCUUUAACGUGCGUUUUUGUGUAUUGUGUCCUUGGGUUAUUGUCCGUGACUACAAUAUGCGGCAACCUUCUCGUGAUUAUCGCUGUCAUUUACUUCCAAAAACUUCACACUCCGACUAAUUAUUUCAUUCUGUCUCUUUCUGUAGCUGAUUUACUUGUCGGUGUUUUAGUUUUUCCCUUCAGUAUGGCUUUUACCGUCACUUCCUGUCUUGACCACAAGGAUUUCAUCUAUAGAUAUUACGCCGUUUGUCAGCCUUUAACGUAUCGAUCAAAAAUAAACGUUCAAGUGGCUUUGAUGAUGAUUCUAUUGUGCUGGGUUAUUGCCGCUAUGAUCGGAAUCGGUAUUAUCAUAGGAGGAUAUAGCCAAGGAACCUGUGAGGAAAUGUGUUCCGUUAAUGUUAUUUUAUCCAAUAUUAUGGGACCGGUUUUAGCGUUUUAUCUCCCGGCGGUUAUUAUGAGCUGCAUCUACUUGAAGAUCUUCUUCGUGGCUCAGAGGCAAGUGAACAGCAUCCAGAGUUCAAAGUCUGUGAGUAAACUGGAACGGAAAGCUACCAAAACUCUAGCGAUUGUCAUGGGAGUGUUCCUGUUGUUUAUGUCGCCUUACUUUUUCUGCGUGGUCUUUCAGCCGCUAUUCGCCGACGCUCCGUCGAUUCCUGUGAUCGAGACGUUAAACUGGCUGACGUUAUCCAACUCAAUGCUGAAUCCGUUUAUAUACGCUUUCUUUUAUAACUGGUUCCGCUCUGCUUUCAAAAUGAUCAUAACCGGGAAGAUAUUUCAAGGGGAUUUUGCUGAUUGUACAUUGAUGUGA